AUGGAGACCUCAGCGCAGCAGGAGCAGCAGCAGCCCGCGGCGGCCAAGAUCAGAAACCUGCCCUGGGUUGAAAAAUACCGGCCACAGACACUGAAUGAUCUGAUUUCUCAUCAGGACAUUUUGAGUACCAUUCAGAAAUUUAUUAGUGAAGACCGCCUGCCCCACCUGCUUCUCUAUGGUCCCCCGGGGACGGGAAAGACCUCCACCAUCCUAGCCUGUGCGAAACAGCUAUACAAAGAUAAGGAAUUUGGCUCCAUGGUCUUGGAGCUGAAUGCUUCAGACGACCGAGGAAUAGAUAUCGUUCGGGGACCAAUCCUGAGCUUUGCUAGCACAAGGACAAUAUUUAAGAAAGGCUUCAAGCUGGUGAUCCUGGAUGAAGCUGACGCCAUGACCCAAGACGCCCAGAACGCUUUGCGGAGAGUGAUUGAGAAAUUCACUGAAAAUACCAGAUUCUGCCUCAUCUGUAACUACCUGUCAAAGAUCAUUCCUGCCCUGCAGUCCCGGUGUACAAGGUUCCGAUUCGGCCCCCUGACUCCCGAACUCAUGGUCCCCCGCCUGGAACGCGUCACAGAAGAAGAGAAAGUGGACCUAAGUGAGGACGGGAUGAAAGCCCUCGUGACCCUUUCCAGCGGAGACAUGCGAAGGGCUCUGAACAUUCUGCAGAGCACCAAUAUGGCCUUCGGGAAGGUGACGGAGGAGACGGUCUACACCUGCACCGGGCACCCCCUCAAGUCCGACAUUGCCAACAUUCUGGACUGGAUGUUGAAUCAAGACUUCACCACAGCCUACAGAAAUAUUAUGGAGUUGAAAACCCUGAAGGGGUUGGCGCUACAGGACAUGCUGACAGAGAUACACUUGUUCGUGCACAGGGUUGACUUUCCAUCUUCAGUUCGAGUGCAUUUAUUGACCAAAAUGGCAGACAUAGAGUACAGACUCUCUGUUGGCACCAACGAGAAGAUUCAGCUGAGUUCCCUCAUUGCCGCUUUCCAGGUCACCAGGGACCUGAUUGUCACAGAGGCCUAAAUGCUGAGCCUGUUUGCUGCGAUUCGCAGGCCCCACGGUGACUGGACAACAGGGGACUGAGUUACAGCUGGGGACUGAAGCCCUGAUCACCCCAGGCUUUGGAAAACCCUGUUCCAGGCCUGGGUGGGCAAACGCU